GUUACGUCGGCAUGAACGGAAACGGCGUGCAAGAUGUGAGUCUACCGGACUAUUGCGUCAGCUACAGUUACCCCGGAUCGGUUAUUCACGAACUGAUGCACGCUACUGGAUUCCAACACGAACACCAGAGACCCGACCAACAAUAUUACAUCAACGUUAACUAUCCCAACAUUCGUCUAGAUAAUCGUCAAUUCUUCAAUCCAUUCAAACCUAACGAAGUCAACACUUUGGGUCUCCCAUACGACAUCAAAUCUGUGAUGCAUUACCCCAGCUCGUUCAUGGCAAGCAACCCAUCGAUCCCGACUAUGGUAGCCAGGAGUGGCGAUUUGAACUUGGGAAAUCUGAAGGGAUUUACUAAGUUGGACACCCAGAAGAUUAACAAGUUGUACAACUGCCGUUACUAA